AUGCCAAGCAUCAACCUCCAAAUUACGCAUCGAUGCGACAAAGCCAGUUGCGCGCAGCUGCUCCAACGCAACCACACUGCCACCAACAUUACGCCCCAACGCCCGCUUGCCAAACCCGACCCACCAUCGCGAACCACGCUUUCUGUCCGCGUUUCACCUCCGUUCAAGACACGCCCACGGCGGCGCCGUUUCGCCCGUGCCCUCGCAACAAUGCGGGCGCGAGAUCCAUUGCCCCCUCGCGCGUAUAUCGGUGGCAUAACCGUCCGCGCAGGAACCGCUACCUCAAGAGGCAAUUAUACGAGUAAUGGUGAUCGGCAAGACCCAGAACGACGCCUAUGA